UACGCACAACACAAGGGCAGGAGGCAGAAAUAUCAGGACAAUGCCAAGUGCUGAAGUUUGGGUUGGAAACUGGAGGCCCCACAGGCCCAGAGGGCCCAUAGCGGCCCUCUAUGGUAGUCCAGGGCCUAAGUAUGGUUUGCCGGGACUCACUGGCUCCUCUCAACAUGAUCCAACUAAACUCAAAGCGCCGAUGUUCAGCUUUGGGGCCCGUCAUAGCAGCAGGUGUGAGAGCUCCCCCGGGCCGAGCUACCUCAUCCCCUCAAAUGUCACCAGAGUGGGCCGAGACGGCACGCCUGCAUUUUUCUCUCCAGAGCCGUCCAAAGGAGCCGGCUGUCUUCCAGGCCCCUGGACCAGAGCACUCAGAGAAGGCGGUCUUUUCCGCUCGGCUCCUGCCUUUUCUCUGUCUGGGAGAUGCAAAGAAUUCAACAUCAUCCAAACGCCAGGUCCAGCCUCCUACACUCUGCCCCCGGUGCUGGGCAGCAAAACUGUGGCCACAUGUACAGCUCCCACCUACUCUUUCUCUGGCCGCAGCAAAACUGGAGGCUUCAGUGAGGAUCUGAAGAAGACUCCUGGCCCUGCUGCCUAUAAAGUAGUAGAUCCAUGUAUUUACAGCAAAAAGCCUCCCCAGUUUAGCAUGACGGGCCGCAACUUCCCAACAGGUGAAACCACCCAGAAACCAGGACCUGGUGCACACUAUCCUGAGCAGGUGACCUUUACAAAAGCAAAAGCUCCGAGCUUCUCCUUCGGACUGCGUCACUCCGAUUACAUCUUACCCCUGAUUGAAAAUGUGCCAGAAUAACUUCACAGAGGAUGUCCUGUUUUAACAGGAAAUCCACACGGCGUAAAGCACAAUAAAGCACAGCAAGCACACUGCUCAGAUAUCAGGUUUUAUUGCUACAGAGGGGAAAUUUCGACUCCAGCUAACAAAGCCCCACAGAGUUCCCCCGGGAUUCUUCUGUAGACCAGCCCGGAAGCUGUCGCCCUGGUUCCUUCACCAAAAAGCCAAUGGGACUUUUCCACUGGAUUUUGGAUCAGUGCAGAAAAUAAUCUCUAUGCUACUCAGUGUGCCUGCACGACCCAGAGAGCCUCCCAGACAGAGAGGAACCCCUACAACUCCUGCAUCUCCAUCUCAAUUCCU